AUGGCCCCCAAGCUCAAGGUUGCCGUCGCUGGUCUCGGCCGCAUGGGUGCUCGUCAUGCCCUCAACUUCCACAACAGAACCCCCCGGGCUGAGCUCGUCGCCGCCUUCACUCCCGUCCAGAAGGAGGUCGAGUGGGCUCACGUCCACCUCGAGGGUGUCACCAUCUACACCGACUACGAGGAGAUGCUUAAGCAUCCCGGCCUGCAGGCUGUUGUCGUCGCCACUGUCACCACCGCCCACGCCGAGGAGGCCAUCAAGGCCAUUGAGGCCGAGAAGCACGUUCUGUGCGAGAAGCCUCUGAGCACCAGCGUUGAGAUUUCUCAAUCCGUCGUCGAUGCUGCCUCCAAGAAGCCUCAUCUCAAGGUCAUGUGCGGCUUCUCCCGCCGCUUCGACGCCUCUUACCGUGACGCCUUCGAACGAAUGGACGCUGGCGCCAUUGGCCGCCCCUCAGUCUUCCGCUCUCAGACCUGCGACAAGCUCGACCCCUCUGGCUUCUUCGUGGCCUACGCCGAGUUCAGCGGCGGUAUCUUUGUCGACUGCAACAUCCACGAUAUCGACCUCGCCCUGUGGUACUUUGGCCAGGACUCUAUCGUCAAGAGCGUCGUGGCUACUGGCAUCACAGCAGUGCAGCCCGAGCUGCGCAAGCACAAGGACGUGGACAACGGCGUGGGCAUCGUCGAGUUCUGGGGAGGCAAGGUUGCCUACUUCUACUCUUCUCGCAUGAUGGCUGCCGGCCAGCACGAUAUGACCGAAGUUAUCGGUACUGAGGGCAAGCUUGCCAUCAACGCCAACCCCGUGGGCACGCUCGUCGAGAUGCACGAGGCUGCCGGCGUGCGGCGACAGAUCCCCGGCGACUACUACGGUCGCUUCGAGCACGCCUUUGUCACCGAGGCCAAUGAAUUCACCGCUGCCUGCCUCGACAACAACCGCCUGCCCUUCAAGCUGAGCGGUGCCGUCCAGGCUGUCAAGAUUGGAUGCGCCCUCCAGGAGUCGCUCAACUCGGGCCAGAAGAUCAACUUUGACGAGACGGGCCGCCGUAUCGAGGCUGCUAAGCUGUAA